AUGGCAAUGGCAAAUAAUAAAACGCAAUGUUUUAAAUGUAAUAAAGACAAAAUAACUUAUCCUUGUGAAGGAUGUUCACAAAGAUUUUGUUUAAUACAUUUAACAGAACAUCAACAAAUAUUAAAUGAUGAAUUAAAUCAUCUUAUUAAUGACUAUGAUCAAUUUAAACAAAGAAUUAAUGAACAAAAACAAAAUCCACAAAAUGCUUCAUUAAUAGAACAAAUUAAUCAAUGGGAAAAAAAUUCAAUUGAAAUAAUUCAACAAAAAGCACAAGAAAGUAGAGAAACUGUCAUUAAAUGUACACAAACAUUUUUUAAUGAUAUCGAAAAGAAGUUUAAUGAUUUAUCUGAACAAAUAAAUGAAAUUCAUGCUGAAAAUGAAUUUAAUGAAAUUAACUUAAAUUAUUUAAGAAAUCAAUUAAUAGAAAUUACACAAGAAUUGAAUAAUUCAUCAAAUAUUUCUAUCGAACGCCAUUCACAAUCAUUUAUUAAUGAAAUUUCAAUUAUUUCAUCAAAAAAACCGACAUUCAACAAAUGGAAACAAAAUGCCAUCACUGUGGCUGAUGGAAAUGGACAUGGACAAGAAUUAAAUCAACUCAGUGUUCCUUUUGGAAUCUUUAUUGAUAGAAAGAAAUAUAUUUUCAUUGCUGAUUUUAAUAAUCAUCGUAUUAUUGAAUGGAAAUAUAAUGCAAAGGAAGGACAAAUCAUUGCAGGUGGAAAUGGCAAAGGAAAUCGAAUGGGUCAAUUGAAUUUACCAACAAAUGUGAUUAUUGAUCAACAAAAUCAUUCGAUUAUUAUUGCUGAUUAUGGGAACAGACGAGUGGUUCAAUGGUUGAAUCAAACUCAACAAAUUCUCGCUGAAAAUAUUGAUUGUUGGGGUUUGGCAAUGGAUAAAAAUGGAUUUCUUUAUGUUUCUGAUUAUAAGAAGAAUGAAGUGAGACGAUGGAAAAUGGGAGAAUAUAACAAUGAAGGAAUUGUAGUAGCAGGCGGAAAUGGAAAAGGAAAUGAACUCAAUCAACUCAAUAGUCCAGGUUUUAUCUUUGUUGAUGAAGAUCAAUCUGUUUAUGUAUCAGAUAGAGACAAUUAUCGUGUAAUGAAAUGGAGAAAAGAUACAAAAGAAGGAAAAAUUGUUGCUGGAGGAAAUGGCGAAGGAAGAAGUCUCAAUCAAUUGUUUUAUCCUCAAGGUGUAAUUGUUGAUGAUUUGGGUCAAAUCUAUGUGGCAGAUGGUGAGAAUUAUCGGGUGAUGCGUUGGUGUGAAGGAAAAGAAGAAGGUGAAAUUGUUGUUGGUGGAAAUGGAAGUGGAAAUCAAUCAGAUCAGUUGAAUGGUCCCAUGGGUUUAUCUUUUGAUGAUGAAGGAAAUCUUUAUGUUGCUGAUCUUUGGAAUAAUCGAAUCGAAAAGUUUGAAAUAAUUUUGUGA